CUUCGACUCAAGAACCUUCGAUUGCUCAUAUUCUAUAAAUGUUACAUAAGCAGAAACGUAAUAUCUAAUGAAAAAUUCCUUUUUUGUAGUGAUCACGAGUAAGAGAUUUCAAUACUGAUUCAUUCCAUCAACGAUGUUUCAGAGAAAGAGAAAGAGAAAAGGCUCCAAAACCUGUUACAUCCGGGCUUUUCUAGCAAUAUGACUGGUUUAAACCGGGAAAAGCGGUGCAAACUGGCCACGGUGUUCGCUAAUACACUCAUACAGUGCUCUGAGAAGGUCGCAUUGAAAAUUGUUCCCGUAUUUUUUUACAUCAAAAUCCAGAUUAUAUUUAUUUCUCGUGGUCUAUCCAUUUGCUCCAAUGCCUACAGCAAUGGCAACCAUAGAGCAUGCCACGCAGCUGCUGGAUUUUACGCAAAAACUCGAUAUAACUUUACUAGACUCGGUUGUCUCGUGUUUUUACAUGGCUCAGGGACCGCAGCAACGAAUGGCAGACCAGAUCCUAACUCAACUGAAACAGCACCCGGACGCCUGGACAAGAGUAGAUACAAUACUCGAAUUUUCAAAUAACCAGCAGACCAAGUAUUUCGCACUCCAAAUACUCGAAUCAGUUAUCAAAACGCGAUGGAAAGUUCUUCCGUCUGAGCAGUGCGAAGGGAUUAAGAAAUAUAUGGUAGGGCUCAUAAUAAAGAUAUCGUCUGAAGGCGAUAUGUUGGAGAAAGAAAAGACAUAUAUUGGAAAGUUGAAUAUGAUUUUAGUGGAGAUUUUGAAGCAUGAAUGGCCCAAGAAAUGGCCAAGUUUUAUGGGCGACAUAGUUGGUGCGAGUAAGGCAAACGAGUCUCUUUGCCAAAACAACAUGGUGAUUCUUAAACUUCUCAGUGAGGAAGUUUUUGACUUCUCCAGUGGUCAGAUGACACAAACAAAGGCAAAACACUUAAAGGACAGGUAAGAAAGAAAAUUGAUUUUUGU